AUGGUUUCAAACAAUGUUGUUCCGAUGAAGUUAGAAAGUUCUGACAGAAGAUAUGUAGUUGUCAGAACGUCAGAAGCUCAUAUGCAAGAUACAGAAUAUUUUGACGACUUAGCAGAAACUUUGACAUCUGACUUUUACAACCACUUGUUUUCAUAUUUUAUGACAUUAGAUAUUUCUAAGUUCAAUCCAAGACAAAUUCCACAUACCGAAGAGAGACAAACAUUGUUAGAAGCAAACAAGAGUGUAUAUGAACUGUUCAUAGAUGAAACUGACUUUGAGUGUUUAGAUGAAAGGUCAUUGUACGAUUCGUAUAAACAAUAUUGUCAAGAGUAUGGUUAUAUGACAGCGUCUAAACGAACAUUCUUGGCAAAUGUCAAAAGUCUUUUAGAUGUUCAGAAUGGUGUAUAUACAAAGAAAAAUUUUUCUGAGUAA